UAGUUUUGCUGUGGGGCUGAGAGACGCUGCCUAUGGAAAACCCGACGGGGCUGUUUUCCUGACUAUGCCAACGCUGCCUGGCGAGUUGGGCUGCCUUGGAAAAGUUCUUGGGCGGGCGCACCAGGAAAUGGCUCUCUCUUCACUCGGUUGCUCAACGUUUUCUUUGGACGGGGAUCAUCCAGCAGCUGGUGGGCGAUCCAAAGAACACGGCCGGCCGGGACGACUCGCUGGAGUGGAGAGAAACGGAUCUGAGGUUGGGCAGGCCAGCGCACAAUUCCCAGUCCCCUCAGAGGUGGGAUUACCCCCCCGAGUUUUCUGCGUGUGUGUGUUUCUUUUCUAAGUCUUUGAAGUCGACUGCAACUUCGCUUCAGUUCGAUUUGCCCCUGAAAGGACCACGGAACUGGGAUGUACGUUUCGCUCACCGUUGGAUCGUAGGAGAGACGUUUUCUUCCCUCUCCCCACUGUGCUGCCCCCCAAAAGGUGAUGCGACUUGGGACAUCGCCCGCACUGGUUGCUUGCUAGCCAGGCUUAUAACGGUGUCAGGCGCAGUCUAGGAGAGAAGCCGACCCUCCUCUCUUUUCUUCUUGUUAAUUGGCCCGACGGGACGGUCCUGGAGUUCCCGUUGCAGUAGCCCUCUGCGCUCCUCCCCACCCCUCGGCGUGACACUUUGCUCCCAGAUGAGCCCCAGUUGGUGAAAUCUGGCGUUUUCCAGACCUGCCGCUAGUCUGAAGGAGGAGGACACCCCCCCACCCCAGUCGCCUGCAACCUUCCUUAAAGCUGCCAGCUUCACCGAUUUCCCCCAGCUCACCGGAUUUCAUACCGCUGGAAUUCUUUCUAUGGGCAACCAUUAUUUUGAAUGAUUUUUAUACAGAGAUAGCAUUUCUUUUAAGCUUUUGCCUCCUGGUGCUUUGACCGAGGGAACUUUUGGCAGACGCUGUUCUCUUGCCUCCAUCGCACGGAUUCUCUGUUUUCACCUACAACCCCCCCCAUGUCUGGAUACAGUACCCCCGCCCUCGAAAUACCGCUUAGACAACGCGGCUGAGAAGAUUUCGAGCAUCCUGGAAUCUAUUCCACAUUUAGACAAAGGAUCUCCCGGAAACCUGGAAGAAUCUUUUAACUAGUUGACCAUUACCAUGGGUCCUUCCCAAAGGACAUUCCUGAUCGUGGGCUGCCUCUUGACAGGGCCAUGGCUAGCAUCUUGCCAGUCUUUAUUUCCAAGUAUUCUUCCAAACAAUUAUGAAAUGGUUGUGCAGCUGAAUUCUCCUUUCACUCUGAAAUGUUCUGGAGAUAGUGAAGUAAGCUGGCAAUAUCCAGUUCCUGAAGGCAACCACACUGUAGACAUCAGAAAUGAGGAGAACAACAGUGGCCUUUUUGUGGCUGUGCUUGAAGUGGCAAGUGCUACUGCUUCUCACACUGGAUUGUACACUUGUUACUACAAUCAUUCUCAAGAAGAAGAUGGUGAGGUGGAGGGAAAGGAUAUCUACAUCUAUGUGCCAGAUCCAGCUGUUCCCUUUGUUCCUACGUCCCCAGAAGAUGUGUUCAUCGUAAUUACUGAGGAAGACAGGUCCUCCAUCAUCCCUUGCCGCACAAGUGACCCCAACGCUCAAGUAACUUUAAUGAACGGUGAAGGGAAAAUCAUGUAUGCCUUUUAUGACAAUAGGCAGGGCUUCAUCGGAAACUUCUCUGCAGGCUCCUAUAUGUGCAAAACCACCGUUGAGGCAAUAGAGUUCCUGUCUGAUGAAUUUUUCAUCUAUGUUUACAAAGCUCCAUCACAUCUUCAUGUUGAGAUUGAAUCCCUCAAGACUGUGUAUAAAACAGGAGAAACCAUUGUUGUAACGUGUGUGGUCUUGGAUAACGAAGUGGUGAAUUUACAGUGGAAUUAUCCAGGGAAAGUGAAGAACAAAGGUAUAAUCUCACUUGAGGACAUCAAAGUUCCAACCCAGAAGCUGGUUUACAAUUUGACCGUUCCAGAUGCAUCAGUGAAGGACACUGGAGAUUAUGAAUGUGCUGCUCGACACGUGACCAAAGAUUUUAAGAAAACAGAAAGAGUUUUCAUCACAGUUCAUGAUAAAGGGUUCAUUCAUCUGGAACCCCAUUUUAACCCUAUGGAAGCUGUCAAUCUACAUGAAGUUAAAAACUUUGUAGUUGAUGUGCAUGCAUACCCAGAGCCAAAAAUGUUUUGGCUGAAGGAUAAUGUGACUCUGAUGGAGAAUCUCACGGAGAUUGUCACUAGUUCCAAGCAGAUCCAGGAGACGAGGUACCGGAGUGUAUUAAAAUUAAUUCGUGCCAAGGAAGAAGACAGUGGACGUUAUACACUUGUAGCACAGAAUGAAGAUGAAACCCAAAGAUAUAUUUUCACUCUUCUCAUACAAGUUCCAGCUUUAAUUCGAGACCUAGUGGACAGUCAUCAUGGCUCUGCCGGGCAGACAGUAAGAUGCUUCGCAGAAGGGACACCACUCCCUGAUGUGGAAUGGCUGGUUUGCAAGGACAUUAAAAAGUGCAGCAAUGAUACCACAUGGACUCUCCUGACUAACAAUAUCUCAGAUAUUACCAUGGAGACCCAUCUUGAUGAGAAAAACAUGGUAGAAAGCCAGGUGACUUUUCAGAAGGUGGAAGAAACUUUGGCUGUUCGAUGUAUGGCAAAGAAUGACCUUGGCACCGUUACGCGGGAACUGAAGCUGGUGGCUCCGACUUUAAGAUCAGAACUGACUGUGGCUGCUGCAGUGCUUGUGUUGCUCGUGAUUGUAAUCAUCUCGCUGAUUGUCCUGGUAAUCAUAUGGAAACAGAAACCAAGAUAUGAAAUAAGAUGGAGAGUCAUAGAGUCCAUCAGCCCUGAUGGCCAUGAAUAUAUUUAUGUGGACCCCAUGCAGCUGCCUUAUGAUUCAAGAUGGGAAUUUCCGAGAGAUGGACUAGUGCUUGGCCGAAUCCUUGGCUCUGGAGCUUUUGGGAAAGUAGUUGAAGGAACUGCAUAUGGAUUAAGCCGGUCACAGCCAGUGAUGAAAGUGGCUGUGAAAAUGUUGAAACCCACUGCAAGAUCUAGUGAAAAGCAGGCCCUCAUGUCUGAAUUAAAGAUAAUGACCCAUCUUGGACCCCACUUGAACAUAGUGAACCUGUUAGGAGCUUGUACAAAAUCAGGUCCAAUUUACAUCAUAACAGAAUACUGCUUUUAUGGAGACUUGGUGAACUACCUGCAUAAAAACAGGGACAACUUUCUGAGUCGACAUCCUGAAAAGCUCAAGAAGGAUCUGGACAUCUUUGGGAUGAACUCAGUUGAUGAAAGUACUAGGAGCUAUGUAAUUCUAUCCUUUGAAAACAAUGGUGAAUAUAUGGAUAUGAAGCAAGCAGAGACAAUGCAGUACGUGCCAAUGCUAGAAAGGAAAGACAGGUCAAAAUAUUCUGACAUACAAAGGUCAUUGUAUGAUAGGCCUGCUUCAUAUAAGAAAAAAUAUAUUUCAGAACUAGAUGUUAAGAACCUUCUUUCUGAUGACCAUUCGGAAGGCCUCACUUUGUUGGACCUAUUGAGCUUCACUUACCAAGUUUCGCGGGGAAUGGAGUUCUUAGCUUCUAAGAAUUGUGUGCACCGGGAUUUAGCAGCACGAAAUGUCCUUCUGGCUCAAGGAAAAAUUGUGAAGAUCUGUGACUUUGGUCUGGCUAGAGACAUCAUGCAUGAUUCAAACUAUGUAUCUAAAGGCAGUACCUUCCUUCCAGUGAAAUGGAUGGCACCUGAAAGCAUUUUUGACAACCUGUAUACCACAUUAAGUGAUGUCUGGUCUUAUGGCAUUCUGCUGUGGGAAAUAUUUUCUCUUGGUGGCACUCCGUACCCUGGCAUGAUGGUUGAUUCCACGUUCUAUAACAAAAUAAAAAGUGGCUACCGAAUGGCAAAACCUGACCAUGCUACCAGCGAAGUGUAUGACAUCAUGGUGAAAUGCUGGAACAGUGAACCUGAGAAAAGACCUUCUUUUUAUCAUUUGAGUGAAAUAGUUGAGAAUUUGUUGCCUGGAGAAUACAAGAAGAGUUAUGAGAGAAUUCACUUGGACUUCUUGAAGAGUGACCAUCCUGCUGUCACACGCAUGAGAACAGACUGUGACAACACCUACAUCGGAGUAACUUACAAGAAUGAAGACAAACUGAAGGACAGGGAGAGUGGAUUUGAUGAGCAAAGACUCAGUGCUGACAGUGGCUACAUAAUCCCCCUGCCGGAUAUUGACCCUGUUUCAGAAGAUGAACUUAGCAAAAGGAACAGGCACAGUUCCCAAACUUCUGAAGAAAGUGCCAUUGAAACUGGUUCCAGCAGUUCUACGUUUGUCAAGCGAGAGGACGAGACCAUCGAGGACAUCGACAUUAUUGAUGACAUCGGAAUGGAUUCCUCAGAACUGGUUGAGGACAGUUUCCUGUAACUCCUGAAGGAUGUAGUGGACAACUUUUGAGGUGUGCAAGACAAUGACAACAACAACAAAGGGAAUCUCAACACAUAAUUCAUGGAUUUUUGACUCCCUAAGUAAAACCACUUUAAUACAGAUGGUCAAGACUUGCAAUGCCAAGUGUCCCAACAAGGGGCAUAGAGAUCUCACCCUGGUUUAUGGAACAAGAAGACAUUCAAAAACCAGCUCUUAAGCAUCGCCCCUUGAAGUACUUCCAUAGUAUCUCAGUGCUGUUUGCAGUUUUAAUUGGUAGGUGGAUAAAGGAAAAGGCCAUGGACAGUUCAAUUGUUUCAAGGGCAUUCACAACUCAGAUGGAUAACAUUUCCACUAUGGUGAAACAUCACCAAAGUAACUAUGUAAUUACCUGUCUUUACGAGGAUAUUUUGUGGUCUAUGUGGAAUAGGCUUUUUGUUUUUUAAGAAGACCACUCAAGACUUCUGUGUAUUUUUUUCCUUCAGUCUCAUUAUAAGCUGCUGUUGAACUAUCACAUGAGAUGAAGUGCAUUAAAAAAACAAACCACUUUUGAAACUCAAAGUAUUUGGUACUAGGAAACUUUUUACCUUUUUCUCAGCUAACGCAAAUAAAAGAAAAUGACAAUUUCUAACCUUUUACAAUAGCUUAGUAAAUCAAGUGCCACUCUUCCUAAGUGAUCAUAGAGGAAUAACUGUUUACCUACUACUACUGUUUUCAGUAUCACUAAGUAUAGUUUAUAACUACUCCUUGCCCUUCAUUAAAAACACAGUACUUAAAAAAGUUACUAAUGAACUAAAGCAUUUUAGCAUGUAAACAUUUACAAGAAACAACUGUUCUAUUUGACUGUUAAUGGCUUUGAUAAAUUAAAAUUAGUUUAGGAAGUAGGGAAAGCUAAUGUAUUCAAUGGCAUCCAUCCUUAGUGGAGAGUCUAUCCUAAUACAAUGAAUGUAUGAGCUAGUGAAUCCUCCUUUGAUUUAGUGGAACUCUUAAAAUUUGAAGUUUAUUUUUAAACCUUCAUUUGCAACUAGGUUUCUCAAGUUAUUGCACAAUAAAUGUGUGGCUAAUCAAUCAAUAGCAAGGCUGCUUUAGAGUACUCAAGAAAUACACUGCACAUUGAAAAGUUUGUUUUGGGUUUACAUGUGAUUAAUUGAUUUGAUGCACCAAAUGCUCUUUCUGGAAAACCUUCUUUCUGAGCCCGAGAUUUCCAAUUAAGUACAUUGCAACUUUGCAAAAGAAAAAAACAUCUAGUUUUAGCAUUGCAUUUUAACAGAAAUGUAACUGGAUCCUAUUGUCCUUGUCAAGUUUAUCUAUAACUAUAGAGGUCAAUAAGUAAGAGUCUUUUUCCAUCUGGUCCAAUGGGCCAAACCUAAUCAGGAGUAAAGAAAUUGUUUCUAAAGGCCUCUCCACAUGUUACAUUUUUGAGGAAUGUAAAAAAACAGGAUUGGCCGUAACCUCCUGUUGUGUGUACAUUUAGUGGAAAAUCUAUCUCUGUGAUCUGUAAUGUGUAAAAUGGUCCCAAACAGAAUUGAUCCUACUUUUAGGCAUCCUCAAACAAGAGUUUUGUAUCAGUCCUUUCUUAAUCUGCAUCUCUUAUGAGUGUAUAUGUGUCACUGAAAUUGUUUUAUGAUUUAUGAUGCAUUCAUAUAUAAGUUUCAUUAAGUUCAGAGGGACUUACUCCCAGCUAAGUGGGCAUAGGGUUGCAGCAGUAGACUGUGAUUUUGUCAUAAAGUCUGUGGAAAUCAUGAACUGGAAUCAGUCUAUGACAUAUAUGGACUAAGAGAGCAUGGGGGACAAAAAGAGAUCCCAUGAUUUUCAUUUUCAUAAAUCCAGUGCUUAAUUUCAUUGAAGGGUAAACCUGCUAAGGAGCUAUGCUGUUAGCUCUAAAAGUCCUGUUCCUUCUUCCUCAAUAUGUUUGUGACAAGUAAAAGUUGUUCACAGGUGAGGAAAAAAGAACUUGGCACAUUCUCAGAGGCAUCUUCUGUAUAGUUAUAAAAAAAACAUACAAAGACUCAGACCUGGUAUUGAAACCAGAUAGUAGAGCAUUAAUCAGAUCUGACAUUUACUUAAGCCUUGCACAAAUGUGGCCCAGUGUGGAGGCUUGCUGGAUUUCCUGUGAAAUCAGGGGCCACUAGGUAUCACUAAAUGUAGCAUAUGGUAGCAAUUGGCCAGUGGUGGAUGAGCACUUUGAGCAAUAUAACUUUUUAUGUGACAGACUCACAGACUUACCUAUGAUUAUGGCUAUGGCUCUAUACAUUACUGAUGCAAUAGUUAAAGGACAAAUAGAUGAAUGUAGCAUGUGCUAGAGACAAUGCUGUGUUGGUGCUGGGCCCCACAGCUGUUGAUAAGCACCUGGCAGGACUAAAAAUGCAGUGCAAAUCAAUGCUUUGUGCUGGACCAAUGAUAACUCAGUGUUACAUAGCCAACUCAUUUGAUGCUCGAUAACUAACUACAAUUUAAACAUGAAGCACCAAGUUAUACUAUGGGUGAAGAAAAGCUCAAUUUGAUCCCCAAAGAUUAGAGUUUAACCAUCUCCCAUUAAAUCAAUGGGACUUGUGCUUCCUUGUGGCUGGUCUGUGAGCAUAGGGAUAUCUGUGGUAAAUAAUUCAUUGUGUUGUGGCAUUCAGAACCACAAUGUGCCCAAUAUAGAUCUAUGCAAUUACUUGGGCAAAACAUGCAAGUCUAAGGCUUCUAGAUAUUCAGCACAGACAUCUCUGCCAGAUCAAGUCCCAUUCAUUGCACUGUGUCAGUGCAAUGGUUAGAAACCAUAAAUACUGACUUGCAUGUUUGUGUUUGGCUUUCCUGCACAUGGAUCAGGUCUUAUGUUUCACAGGCUUUCCUAUUUUACUGCCCACUAAAGAAUAAGCUGCAAUAUUCUUACCUUGUUUUUUUCUUCUUGUAGUUUUAUUUUGUAUCUCACAAACAAACCCAUGGUAAUCCACAAUGGGCAUAUCUUGUUUUAGGUUAACACAGGUCACAUUGCAAUGCACAGCUGUCUAUACCAUAUACCACUGAUGGGGAUCCACAUUCAUUUCCUCUCUUCAUUGCAAUGUGGACAGGAAUAUAUAUUACCAUCUGCUCUCCGUGGCGCAGAGUGGUAAGCAGCGGUAACGCAGCCGAAGCUCUGCUCACGGUCGGAGUUCGAUUCCAACGGAAGGAGGAAGUCGAAUCUCCGGUAAAAGGGGUCGAGGUCCACUCAGCCUUCCAUCCAUCCGUGGUCGGUAAAAUGAGUACCCGGCAUAUGCUGGGGGGUAAAGAAAGGCCGGGGAAGGAACUGGCAAUCCCACCCCAUAUAUACCAUCUGCCUAGUAAGCGUCGCAAGACAUCACCCUAAGAGUCGGAAAUGACUUGCACUACAAGUGCGGGGACACCUUUACCUUUACCUUUUACUCUCAUGUUAGUGAGAUCUAAUACCUUUUGGCAAUGUAACUGUAGCUGGAUUGGGACCAAGUUCUAGUUGUGGACCAAAAUAUUUUUUAGAUUUUUAAGCCUAUGAAAAUCUUAGUUCCUGGCACUACAAUGGACUGCACACUGGAAAACUUUACAAAGUCAACACAUUCAUACAGGAGGUACCUGUUUGACUAAGGCUGCAAUCCUGUAUGCGCUUACACAAAAGAAACCACAUUGAAUUCAAUUAGACUUAUUUUGAGUAGACAUUUAUAGGAUUGCACCGUUAGUCUUUCAUUACUAGCUGGGGGAGUAAGAACCCUGAAUUUUGUUACCGUAGUGACUGUCUGAUGAUAAUCUUAGUAACUAUUUCUCUGUUGCGGCUCAGUUUUGAGAAGCUUUCAGAAAAGAAAUACCCAGCUUCUGUCUGUUCUGCAUUUGUAUCAUGACAAUCGAAUCUUGCCUGUGAAACACAACUUUCCCAUUUUGAAUGGCAGACCCGAUUCCUUAAAAUGUGGUCUGCAAAUGUACAAAACAGUCCUAUGAUAUAAUGAGGGACAUAAGAUAAGGUGAUGUUAUACAUCAAUAUGUAUAUAUGUAUUUUUGUAUCGACUUUGAGAGUACUGCCAAAACAUUUAUGACAAGCUGUAUCACUGCCUUUGUUUAUAAUUUUUAUUUUACUGUGAUAUACUCCACAGGCACGCUAACUGUUGCACUUUUAAAUGUCCAAAAUUUAUAUUUUAGAAUGAUAAAGAAAAGCGCAUAAAGUUUCCAAGAUGGUGGUAUUGUGAAAUGUUUCAGAAGAACAAUUUAGAUGAAUGACCAUAGGUACAAAAUGUAAUACAAAUGCCCCUGUUCUUAUUUUUGUCUUUUCAAAAUAACAUGUAAA